GUGGUGGUGGUGCUGCUGCUGCUGUCGGUGUAGGUAGGUAGGUAGGGGUGGUGAUGCCUCCUGAGGCAGACCAUGGAGCGAUUGUGGCAGGUGGUCCGGAUAUUCGUGCCUGCUCCAACCCCCGUCGGUCGUCGAUAUGCAGUAAGAAGAAGAAGCAAGGUGGUGUUGGUGUGGGAGAUCGAUUUAGGCGCCCGCCCGACUACUCCGGUGUCUGCCUCUGCCCUCUCGUCGCUUAAUCCAGGAACGUGCUUCGUUUCCGCCGUGGCGGGUUCGCCGCCCCGAUGGAUGAAGCGCCUGGCCCCCAUCUGCGAUUCGUCAUGUGGCCCCUCUGCCGCACACCCACCACCCACAUAUGUAUGUACAGUUCCCCCUCCGCGCCGCACGGCGGCACACCACAGCCCGGCCAGGAGACCGACAACGAUGUACGUAACUCUGUUCACAUCUCGUCCCCCCACACUCUCGCUCUGGUGGACAGACGACCCAUCCCGGGCGCGAACAAGGCGGCUCACAAGUGCUCGUGGAUGCAAAAGUUGGAAACAGAGUUGCUUUUAUUUUAACAGGAACAGUCUGAGAGAACUCAAAUCCCGGGGGCUGGAGAAGAACCGGCCGCUGUUAUGUAUGUAUCUGAGGCUUCUCCGGUAUCGCGGACGGAUCGUGGACGGGCAGGACGGGGAUUCCUCGGGGGCACGUUGCGCAAUGCGGGCCCGAUGCGAUGCGAUGCGAUUGCGAUUGCGAUGCCACAACUUACACGGGGCCCGGAUGCGCGUGUCAUCCACCUCAUCCCCCACACUGCGCGUAAAAACCGCCGCCUACAGUAGCGAGGGAUUGCUAGUGUAGACUGUUUUAGAAACAAUGUCCUGUCGGCAGUACGGACUGGGCUAGUAGUUAGGGAGUUACUAGUUGGUGUGGGUGAUAGAGGGGGAGGGGAGAAAAAGUGCCGGCGCUCUCGGUCGUUUUUCGUUGGUGCUUCCGAAGGGUUGUCUUCAUUUUCACGCCGGGUGCGGCGCAUGCGAGCGAUGGAUCCGUUGCGCCGUCAUAAACCCCCUGG